AUGGACAUAGAGAAAAGACAUGAACGGGUAGAAAGAGAUGUGAAGAACGGAGGAGAGGACACUGGCAGUGUGUCACAAGCCAGAGGCCUCAGUCCUUCUCCAGUCUGUGGAGGCGCGUCAGGCUUCCUGCAGCUGCUCCAUAUGUCUCUGGAGAAGCUUCGGGGGAAGAGCUUGGUCCUCGUAAAGAGACAGGAAGGAACCCUGAACUUCAGACGUGGCUUUCUUUUCUUCAAUUUUCUCUUUUUGGCAUCUGGGAUCACUCUCAUCACUAUCGGUGUACAGCAACACUCGACUUACGCAGAGAUGGGAGAGUUUGCAGGAAAAAGCCUGGUUAAAAUCUCUAUAGUCCUCAUUGCAGUGGGUGCCAUCGUAAUCCUCGUCUCCCUCUUGGGCGAUGUUGGGGUUUUCUUUAAUAAUCAUAAUAUAGUGACUUCUUUCAUCUGUAUCCUGAUCGUCGUUAUCUUUUUGGAGAUACUCACAGGGGCUGUCAUUUACAUAUUCUACAACAAGCUGAAAUAUUUAGAUCCUGAUAACCAGGUGGUAAAAGGUUCUAUGGACUACUCCAACAACGCACGACGUGUGAUCAGUGAAUACAGACCGGAGAAGAGAGCCGCCAUCGAUAGAGUUCAGGAAAAGUAUAAAUGCUGUGGGGCAGACGGCCCCUCUGACUGGGCCACCAGUGUGGGCUGGGCGAACCAUGAUGCCGUGCCAGAAUCCUGCUGCGUGGGGAAGGGUGAGGGUUGUGGAAAGGACAAGGACAAAGUGAGCUCAAAGGGUUGCCUCAAGAUCAUCAAGGCAAUUCUGUUCAAAAACCUGCUGUGGAUCGGUGCUCUCUGCAUUGUUCUUGGAGUCGUAGAGGGUUUUGGAGUAUUCACCGGGGUGGGCUUCUGUCUGGCCAUAAAACAGAAAAACUAUCAAAGCAUGAGCUGAUGUGUAAUCGUGGCCAAGCACAGCCAACUCUCCACAUCGCUGACAUAUUUAAUCUAUUUUAUUUGCUUUUCCAGUCAUUAUUUCUAAAAAUGUGACAUAAAGAUUAAACACAUG